AUGACUGCCGAAGUCGCCUCUCUUCCCCAGACGGAGCUGGUCACGCCCCACGUCAUCCCGCUAGAGACCUCGUUUGCGCUGCCCAGAUCAUUGCAUACCACCGCGCAUCUGCACUUAACCUUCUUGGAUACGUGCUCGAUGGUCUUUGUGACUACUACGACGCCAGGAGACUCGACUGCCUCUGCCAAGCCGAUGGGCAGCUUUGUCUAUGCUAUGCCAGAUCGAACCUCCCCGACAUCAACAAUAUCAACCACCCUUUACACCUCUCCCUCCAGCAUUGAAUACACGGCCCGCAUUGCCAAGAUUAUUACACGACGGAUAAAUCGUCCCGUGUAUGUGGGGUGUAGUAUCGACGCUAAUGGGCUGGGAUUGACCAUCGAGGAGGAGAUGGCAGGGCUGAAAAAGAUCAUUGACUCGAUCAUGGAGCAGUGGGAGAAGAGGACGCAACCAAAUUAA